GCGACUACGUUUGUUCACAGUCGCUGCCCCGAUCAGCUGGGCGGAGGUGACUGGGUGUUAUUACGAGUGUGCCGAGGAAUCACAGCCAUGCUAAAAUAAACGAGAGAGUUUUAAGCGGAACGGAGACAGAUUUCUACGGCGCUUUCUGGGACGAGGAUAAGGAUAAAGGUCUCGAAUAUUUUUCUUGUGGGAUCCGCCCAACGCCCUCCUCGCCGCCCACGCCUACGGUCGCUGCUGACAGAAUGGCCAGCGAGUUCGACGAGCUGUUGACGCGGCUGGGAACUGGCAGGUGGAACUUCCUCUACUUCAUCGCCACAUCAUACUGGUACUUCCUGAUUCCCCCACAGACCUUCAGCGGUGUCUUCCUGGCCCCCUCCGUCAACGUGACCUGCCGCCCAUCCGACCUCGACCCCGUUCUCCGUGUGGCAGAAGACGCCUGCAGUUACUUCGUGAACAAGUCAUCAGUCGGCAUCGUAGAAAUACCCUGCACAGAAUGGAUCUACGACGACUCCAUAUAUUCAAGCACCCUCACCUCUGAUUUCGGUUUGGUUUGCGCCGAGGCCUACAACAGGGCCACGUACCAGAGUAUUUAUACCUUUGCUACGAUCUUCAGCUCCAUCCAUGCAGGCUACUUAGCUGACAAAUUCGGGAGGAAGCCGGUCGUCCUCACAACCCAGAUCAUCUACGCAGCCACAGGGAUCGCCAUGUGCUUUGCCAACAGCUUCCCGCUCAUCCUCGCCCUCCGCUUCGUCAUGGGCUGCGUCGGCCUCCCCACCAUCUACAUCCUGACCAUGGAAGUGUGCGAGGUCAAGUACCGCUCGGUCGUCGGCAUCCUGACGGGGCUGCCCUGGGCCUUCGGCACCAUGGCGUGGGGCGGCAUGGCCUACCUCAUCAGGGACUGGCGCUGGCUGCUGCUCUCUGUGUCGCUCCCCACGCUGCUCGUGCUGCCGCCGCUCUUCCUCAUGGACGAAUCCCCGAGAUGGCUGAUCGUCAAGGGCCACCACGACUGGGCCAUCAGGGUCCUGCAAAGGGCCGCUCGCUGGAACGGAGUCUCCCUCCCGCCGCCUGAGGAACUGAAGAAGAUCAUGACGAGUAUCCAAGAAGAGACGGAGAAUGAAGCGAGAAAUAAGGCGAAAGAAAAACACCAGAGAAAUAUGUGGUCUUUCCUGAAGCUGCCGAUGCUUUGCAGCACUCGCCCCCUAAGGGCAUACGUAAUCUUCCCCUCAACCUCUUUAUCUCCGCCGGGCUUUUGGGCGGGCCCCAACCUAAUGCCGCCAAAAUAA